AUGCCGCUGCCUCACCUUGAUUCUUUAAAAAACAUCGCCGUCGGGAAAGACAACGCAAAUAAACAACAAAUUGUGCAUAUUUUGAAGGGAAUCACAGACCACGAAGUCCCACCGAAGCCAAAACAUAUUCGUGGAAUUAUUUUAGCUACGUUUAGUGGAAAGUCAUCGUCAUUUUUUUAUGAGACUGCGCUUAAACUCGCCAUAUACACCAAUCCUGUAGUCUGCUGGAAGUUUCUAUAUGUUAUCCAUAAAUUGUUCCGAGAUGGGCACCGUGAGUGUGUAAGUGAUGGACUGCGUCACGCAACCAGAGUUUCCCAGUUGCAGUCUGCCUGGAGUAAUCACGCGACAAAGUGUGGAUACCCGAUCGUAGACUUUUGUCAACUGAUAACCCGAAAAAUCAGCCUACACAGAAAAUAUGGAGUAUUACCUGGAAGUCUGGAGCUAACUCCUAGUGAGCUGAAAAGUUGUCUUUCUGCACAAGUAGACCACCUAUUUCAAUUUAGUGUCGAUCUUAUGGAUAUGCUAGAAGAAACGUUACGCUUCAAGGAUGUUGUGCUCCUUUCUUUGGAGGGUAUUCAAGCCGCUUCAUUCACUCCCUCUGGUCAAUGUAAACUUAUUCCGCUCAUUCAAUGUAUUCAAGAUGCUGCAGCACUCUAUGAGCUAAUCGUACAAGUCAUCUUUAAGUUACAUGAGUUAUUAGGCAAUGGAACAAUGUCCGGUCACAGAGAGCGCUUCAGAGAUCUCCAUAUUUCUGUCAAGAAAUUUUUUGAAAAUGUAUCCCACAUGCAAUACUUUCGUUCAUUUGUUCACAUACCUUCAAUAUCCCAGAAUCCACCGAAUUUUUGUGUUCAGUCAGAACUGAGUGAACAUACUACACUUAGAGUUACAAUGAAUGAAUCACCAUCAUUAUCUCCACCACUGCCACCAUCUUCAUUGUUGUCAUCGACGGCAGUACUAGUGGAUGAACGGAACAGUCCACAUUCAGAUGAUGAAGAAGAUUCUUGUGAAUUAACCAUUGUACCUAAGGUUAUUUCACAAACGUGUCCAACUAAAUUAUCAACUGAAAAACAGUCACUAAAUAAAUUAGGUUCUGAAAAUACGGAUGUAAAUGAGAAGACGGUCAUGUCAAAAGAAGUGAAAAUGGAUCCAAGUGUCAAUAAUAAACAUCACCAUAUUAAUAUUAAUAACAGUAAUAUUAUUGAUAAUAAUAAUAAUUUAAAAAUGAAUUGGAACCCAUUUUUGGAUAAUUCGAUUCAAACAAAUAACCAUGUACUGUCACCUUAUCAGACUCAUGUAACGGAUGAAAAACAUGAAAUACUCAUUGAAGUGGAGUUGUUGAAGUCUGAAAUAGAAAGAUUGAAAGCAGAACAUCAUGAACAAUCUUAUUCGCUUUUGAAUCGUAUACGAAUAUUAGAAGAUGAAAUCAAAGAACUUGUACAAUAUAAGUCUAAUCAUGAAGAGCAACAAGUGAACUAUGAGACUAAAUUGACUGAAAAAGUUUGUCAAGCUCAAGUGUUUGAAGAGAAAUUUCUAAAAUUAAAAGAAGUCUAUACUAAACUACGUGAAGAACACGUUGUUCUAUUAAAAAAUUAUGGAAAUGUACAACAAAACUUACAACAAGAAACUCAAAAGAAUCAAGAUUUAGUAAAAACAAUUGAAGAUCUCCGUCGUCAUCAAACGUCCUCAUCGCUAGGUGAAGUUGAAUCUUCGCUUAUAUCUGAAAAUCAAAUCGAAGAAUCGGUCGAUCAUUGUUUAAAAUUACAGUAUCAAUUGAAUACCUGUGAAUCAAAAUCCGAAUCUGUAAAUACUGAGAAAGAUCAACUUGCUAUAGAGCUUUUAGAAAGUCAACAAUUAAUAAAGGAUUAUGAAAUAAAAAUUUCUAAAUUAACUAAUGAAUUACAAGUUUUAAAUGAUCAACUUAACCAAGAGAAGUUAUUUGCAGUCAGGGGGAAUGAUACGUGCGACGGAAAUACUUUUACACAAAUUGUUGGUGAUGAUAAAGAUUGUAAGAAUGGCGAAUUAACAGUGCAUUUAGAUAAAUUUAAACAAAUGCUUUUAACAAAUACCGUUGAGCAAGUAUUAUCUGUAUUACAAAGUAAUAAAACUGUGGGACAAUCACCUGAAUUUAUAGAAGUGUACAUACAUUGUUCUCCAACGUACUUUUUAAAUCAUUUAUCACAAGUUACUAAUUAUUUUAAUUUAUUUGAAUCUGCAUUAACUGACUACUUGUCUGAUGGUGAAGAAGGAUUGAUUCAAACUUCAUAUUAUAUUGGUCAGCUAAACUUUCAGUUAUCAUUACUAUCUCUCUUCUCUAUAUCGAUACGUCAAUCAAAUGUCACAAGUGAUUCUUCAUACAACUGUUUACAUAAUUUAGAUUUAAUUCAAAGUGAAUUUAUUGAAUUACUUAAUGUUCUGCUACAAAUCAACCGUAUUGAUCAGGACCAUAUAAAUUAUAAUAACGAUAAGCACAAUUAUUUCAAUCAAAUCAAAGAGUAUUUAUCUAAGAUUCAUAAUCAGUUAAAAUCUAUGUCUAUUGAAGUAACAAAUUUAUCAAACUGUCUGUCGAAUGAUAACAAUAAUGAUGACAUUAUGUCGUCGACUAAUGUGAUACAGAAAGAAAUGGAAACCACUUUUGAGGCUAUCACAGCUGCAGAACAGAAAUUCCAGGGAUUAAUUGAGGAAUCUAAAAAAAAUUCAAUAAACAAUGAAAAUCUUCAAGUGAAUUCACUCAUAUUAGAUUGUUGUUCUGAAUUGUUACUUUGUGUUGGUGAUCUAGUGAAACAAUCUAAAUUGGUUCAACAGGAGUUUGAAAAUUCGCCAACAUCCGUUGAGUUUUAUAAACCUUAUAAUCGUUGGACCAAAGGUCUUUUAUCGGCUGCUAAAUUUGUCGGUGCUAAUGCUAAUGUCAUGGUUGAAAUAGCUGAUUCCAUAGUUUGUGGAAAUGACGUAAAAUUAGAGCGCUUAAUUGUAAUUUCACAAGAGAUAGCUGCUAGUACAACUCAAUUGGUUUAUGCUACUCGUGUAAAAACUACUUCACAAUCUGAAAUGUUCAAUAAAUUACAAUUAACUAGUAAAGAAGUAUGCAAGUGUACUGGAAACUUGAUUGCAUGUGUAAAAAAGGCAAUUGAAGCAAAACAUAUAGAAGAACUUGAUUUUAGUAGUCUUACAUUAACUCAAGCAAGACGUAUGGAAGUUGAACUACAAGUGAAAAUUAUUGAAUUAGAAACAUCCUUAGCAAAUGAACGACAACGUUUAGCUCAAUUAAGAAGAGAUAAUUAUCAGUUAUCAGCUGAAGUAGAGUUGAUCAAUGAGAGAUAA